CGUUCUUAAUCAACAAAUCAAUAAAUUUAAAGUAAUCUCUUUCACUCUCUCUCCGUCCAUUAUUUUAAGUUCUUUUAUCCCCACGUGUUAUAAUUCUCCAUAAUCUUUUUCUAUCUCUCAUCUCUUCUUCAUUACUCUCUCUCUCUCUCUCUCUCUCUCUCUCUCUCUCUCUCUCUUUUCUCUACUCUGUUUUUUCAGCAGAAAACUAAAACAAAAUGAAAUUCCGAAACUCUUCGUUUCACUUUCCGAUCAAAUUUUUAAUAACCGUUAUAAUUCUAGAACACUUAACGGUUUCAAUCGCCGUGAAAAUACCUUCCGCCGCUUACGACCGCGUUUUGUUCUCCGAUCGGAGAUGCAGCGAUCGGGAUAACAAAGAGUUAACUAUAACCUUAUGCAAAAACAAGACGCUGAGAGGGAAGACGGCAACAAACUGCGAAGUUUGGAGCGAGGCAUGUUCGGAGGCGGUGUUCAACGUAGCACGGCGGCCGGAGACAGUUGAGUGGUUGAAAAGUGUUCGGAGGAAGAUUCAUGAGAAUCCGGAGUUGGCUUUUGAGGAAAUCGAGACGAGCCGUUUGAUUAGAGAAGAGUUGGAUCUGAUGGAAGUUAGUUAUCGGUAUCCUCUCGCGAAAACCGGUAUUCGUGCCUGGAUCGGUACUGGUGGACCGCCUUUUGUUGCAGUUAGAGCUGACAUGGAUGCACUUCCCAUACAGGAAGGUGUGGAAUGGGAGUUCAAGUCUAAAGUAGCUGGCAAAAUGCACGCUUGUGGGCACGACGCACAUGUGGCGAUGCUUAUUGGUGCUGCCAAGAUCUUGAAAACUCGGGAGCAUUUAUUAAAGGGGACUGUAAUUCUGUUAUUUCAACCUGCAGAGGAAGCCGGUAAUGGUGCAAAACGAAUGAUACAGGAUGGUGCUUUGGAGGAUGUGGAAGCUAUAUUUGCAGUUCAUGUAUCCCAUCAACUUCCAACAGGUGUAAUUGGGUCGAGGCCUGGACCCCUGUUGGCUGGUUGUGGUUUUUUCAGAGCUGUGAUUAGUGGGAAAAGCUCCCUUGCUGCGAACUCGCACCAGUAUGCUGAUCCAGUUUUGGCCGCUUCAGCUGCAGUUAUAAGCUUACAGGGCAUUGUCUCCCGCGAAUCAAAUCCAUUGGAUUCACAUGUUGUGUCUAUAACUGUCUUUAAUGGAGGCAAUAGUCAUGACAUGAUAGCAGAUAAGGUGGUCAUCGGUGGGACCUUCAGAGCAUUUUCUAACAGCAGUUUUUACCAUCUGCUAAAAAGAAUAGAGCAGGUGAUUGUGGAACAGACUAGUGUCUACAGGUGCUCUGCAGAAGUUGACUUCUUUGAAAAAGAGUACACUAUUUACCCUCCGAUGGUUAAUGAUGACCAAAUGUAUGAGCAUGUGAAAAAAGUGUCCAUCGAUUUGCUGGGUCAAGAGAAUUUCAGAGUAGUCUCACCUGUGAUGGGUGCUGAAGAUUUCUCUUUUUACUCUCAGGUGGUUCCUUCAGCUUUCUUUUACAUAGGGAUAAUGAAUGAAACACUAGGCUCUAUUCACACGGCACACUCUCCGCAUUUCAUGAUUGAUGAAGAUGCUCUACCAAUCGGAGCUUCUGUUCAUGCCACUGUUGCAGAGAGGUACCUCAUCGAACAUGGUUAAUAUUGGAACAAUCCAUUCCAUUUUGUACAAAACUGGUACACUAGUUUAUCCUUCCGCCUCAUGUUCUCUGUUUAUUUGUUGCUUGAGGUUGGAAUGGUAGAAACCAGGUUAUCAUUUCUUUGUGUAGAAGGUAGGUUCAAAAUAGGAAAGAAAAGAGAGGGAGGGUUGGAGGAAAUAUAUAAAUGUAAAAAAUCUGUUUACCGUUUCUGAAGAUGUCCUUUAGUAUAAACUAUUAAUAAUUUAUAAGCACAUUCUAUUGAGAUUAGGCUUCCGCUAUACUGGCAAAACUUACAAUGCCAGCGGACUGAGGAUAAGAGAGUAAACAAAGGAAUAGUUAGUAUGGUUAUGCAAUUUACUUUUAUCGA